AUGGCUCCUCAUCAGGACGAGCCCCCCGCAGGGGUGCCCCCGUUAUUACGGCCGUUUCAGGCCACGUCUGAACUAUUAGACCUGCCCCCAGACCUUUCCUGUAUCAUUCUGUCGGGAGACUUUAGUUUAGAACUGUAUGAGGAGGAAGAACAGGCCGUCGACGAGCUAGUUACUGGACUGGAGUCAGAGUCCUCUGCUCCAGAUCAGACACAGUUGGCUGACUACCUAGUUCCAUUCUUCUCCCUGGCCGAACCUCACAGCAGCUUGAUACAGGACAUCUAG